UUUCGCUGUGUGACGCAAUCAAUGGGCGACAAUAGCUCGAUUUGUGUUUUCUUCAAAUCGUGGUCGGAUGAGUAUUAUUUCAUUGAUAAGGAUAAUAUGCCACAGAGGAACAACAGACGACAGCAACCUGCAUGUUAGUGUGCUUUCGUUUUCAACUACCUAAUUUCUGCCCAGAGACGUGUCUGGAUUCAAACAAAUCAAGGAACUAACAAUCUAUUGACACUUACAAAUUUAGAAUACCUAAGGACAGGAGAGAACAGGAGUGUGGAGAGGGGUUAUUGGGGAUGGGGUUAGAGAGCCAAAGGAGGACGUCAUGGUUCACAGCGGCUCUGCUUCCCCAAUGACAACACCUUCAGAAUCACCUCAUUUAACUGUUCCUGCUACAGCACCUCCUCUGGUGCCUCCAUCUGGAGAUUCCACUGUUCAGGACCAAAUCCAGCCCCCUGCCAAACUCCUCAGCGUAGACCUUACUGCUAACUCAGAUGAAACUCAGUCCUCCUCUCCAUCUGUUGCUGAACCCCCUGAUGUAGCAAAAACACUUAAAGCUAACUCCCAACAUAACCCAACAUCAUCUCAGGCCUCUCCACAGACACCAACCCCUGCUCAGGGCCACAUCAAUGGCCGUACAUCAGGCAGGAAGAGGACUCCAAAGGCCUGUGACUGCUGUGGACCCAACGGUACAGGUCAUAAUGUCAAAACUUUGAGCAGAGGGAGGGGGAAAGGGAAGGGGUCUUUUCAGGAUCUCGGGGACACCCCAAAACGAAAAGCAAGCCAGCUGACACAUAUAAGUAACACUGCUCUGACCAAAAAGAAGGUACAGGAAACAGAAGAUGAAAGUAAAACACAAAAAACAGUGCCAAAAGAGACUAUGGUAGUGGCUGAUACUCAGCCACACACAAAUGCUCCCCUACCUGUCACAUCCCUGCAAGAUGUGUCAAAAACGAACUGUGCAGCUCCAGAAAAAGAAGCUUUACAGAAAAAGGAGGACACGUUGAUAAAGGGGUUAGUGAUUCCUAGUGAUGGAGGAAAAGUAGGUGGAGGUGCCAGAGGUCUGGAGAUAAGAGUAUUAGGAAAUACAGGCAGGGGUGCUACUGUAGUGAGAGGGAGGGGAAUAAUGGGAGCUAAGUUUGCAUCAAAUAUGAAAGUGGACAUUGGAAUUAAGAAGUGGAGUGAAGGUGUUUUUGUCAUCGGAUCAAAGAUGAACUUUCCCGCUCCAUCAGUGGUGGUGCAGAGUCGGGACAAGAGCAAAGUGGCAGAGCUGGAGCGUGGAUUGCAAACUAACUCCAGCAUGGUUACAUCUUCCUUUGGAAAUGGAGAGACAGUGAAUCUGUCUGACUCUGAACCUGAAGGGGAGGAUAAUGUUGACAACAUAAUCAUGAGUGAACAGGAAAAUGGUCCACUAUCUUUCCCAGACCCUGAGAUAAAGUCAGGAACGCCCCAGGAUCAUGACUCUGAGAUGCAGGUGGAUCAGAAACCUGACCAUUGUUCUUUAGUUGUGACUCUGUCCAAUGGAAUUACCACCACACCAACAGACCACAGCCACGGAUCCACACCUAUGGAAGUGGAACGUGGCCCAAUAACAGUGACUAGUACUCGGCAUCAUUGGGCAUUAAGAGACCACAAGCUGUACUGUCGAGCAGGAACCUGGGCAAAUAAGGCAGUGGAAGAAAUGGCGGAUAAGCUAGAAGCAGGGAUGGAUGGACAGAUGCAGAAUGAAGACAGGCUGAUGCAGCUCAUUGAUAUGGUCCAUGAGUUUCUGGAGGCCUUCUAUUUGAAGUAUGGCAGUUUCAUUCCUCUCACUGAGACAGAUGUUGUGGAACACUUGAAGAAGAACAGCAACUCUGAUUUCAGCAAAUGGGGUCUGAACAUUAAAGGAGAGAUGACUCGAUACAAGUCGGGGUUGGCCUCUGCUCCUAUUGCAGGCUUCAUGGUGAUGCAUAACAAACACACCCUGAGUUUAGAGGACCUCGGCACACUAGAGGAACAGAAUUGGCUGAAUGACCAGAUCAUCAACAUGUAUGGAGAACUCAUUAUGGAAACCACACAACACAAGGUUCAUUUUUUCAACAGCUUUUUCCAUAAGCAGCUGGUUGCCAAGGGUUAUGAGGGUGUGAAGAGAUGGACCAAAAAGGUCGACCUGUUCUCCAAGUGGCUGUUGCUGAUUCCCAUUCAUUUAGAAAUCCACUGGUCCCUCGUCACGGUCACCAUGGCAACCAAAACAAUCAGUUACUACGACAGCCAAGGCAUCGUCUUCAGACACACCACAGAUAACAUUAUGAAGUACCUUCAGUCAGAAGCCAGAGAAAAGGAACUGACAGCUUUUCAAAAAGGCUGGAAAAUUACUAUCAUCAAGGGAAUUCCUCAGCAGAAAAAUGACAGCGACUGUGGAGUUUUUGUCCUCGAGUACUGCCGUCGCCUGUCAGUGAAGCAGCCUCUGCUGUUCAGUCAGGAGGACAUGCCUCGCAUCCGCAAGAGAAUCUACAAGGAGCUGUGCGACUGUCGCCUCAACGACUGAACGACCAAAUUACACCCGUGUUUGCUUUUGUUUUUUGUUUUUUGUUUUUACUGCUGCCUAAUUAUAUUAGACCUUAUGUCCAAGUGUGUCUGACGGUCACAACCUGUUACACAACCUGGCUAAUCUGUUUUUCCAGGGAGCCCCAACCUUCAUGUACCUUGUGAGUAACGGCAGUGAAGCUUUGCCUCCUGGGACUUUUUCUGACAGUCUUGAACAGAACUACUGACGUGGCCCAAACAACUACUGAUUGCCCCGCCCCUCAAAACACACAAAAAAAAACAAAUGCUGGACCAGCAAACUUCAGGUUGCUUUUGCAUUCUUUACUAACCCUCCCCAAGAGGAUUUCAACCAAAUGGCAGCGCAGCCAUCUUUGUGAACACGAGUGGUUCUGACUUUGACGAUGCAGGCGUUGAACCAGCCUGGACCAAUGGGAUGGAUGUUCUCUCCCAGAUAGAGUGGCCUUAUCUCUACUGAUGGCCAUUUUAAACUGAGCGACCUUUUAGCUGUUGAUGUUUAUGUCGGACUUUGUCGCAGUAUCAAAAAGCUUGGACGUGUGAUUCCGUGGACCAACUGUUCACCUUAAACUUGAACGUUUUAGAGUUGGUUUGUGAAUUCCUCUUGGACUACAGACAUUUGCACAGUCAAAAGGCCCAUCUGUUGUAGAGUAUCUAGAAUAUCAGCUGAAUGUACUGAUCACGUUUUCUUCCUAACUGUCUCGCAGGUCGCUGACAUAGCACCACAGAGGCUCAUGGCGUUUGACCAUGGCUUCAAACAGGGAUAUUAUUUUCCAAGGUAGUUUUUGUUCAUCAGGUUUUUUGACGUCUGCUUAAAAUUCCACACCUUUUUCUUUUUGUAGGUUUUGCACAAGCAUUUUCUUCAUUCGUCAUUACCGCUAACUGUUAUUGUUCACCGAUAUUUUAACGUUUAACAUCAAAGAGCUUGUGUUGAAAACAGUUUCCUGUGCUGGUUAAUACAUUUCUUAACUGUACAGCUGGCUGCUGACAUUAUGUUCUUGAUUUGAGGCAUUUAGCAGCUUUAUUUUGUCACUGCUUCACGACUGCGGUAACAGAGAGAGAAAUAAAGUGGACCUCAGUUGUUUUUUUUGGUUGAUUUAAUAUUCUGUCCAACUUGGGUUUUGUUGUUAUAUUCACGUAUAUAAAGAUUUACAGAUUGUAUUGUACUUUUACUGUCUACUAUUACUGUACAUACUUGCUAUGACUAAAAUCACAGCUGUUUCUGGACUGUUUUUAUUGUUAUUAAAAGGCAGAUACUGUUGGGAGACUGCAA